GUUAACACACUCUGAAGUUCGUUUUAAGUUUAUUAAAUCUUUGUCCCCUUUGUGCUCCGCCUUUUCCAGCUCGUGAGGUGCUGCUCACGAACCCUUCCAGGAAGCAACCCGCUUCAAACUAAAGAAUACUGUAUAUUUUUUAUUGAUCCGGUGUUCUACUGAGUGUUAUAUUUAGUGUCGCUAUUCUCCCUUUUUGGGCAAAUUUGUUUCGUCAGCCAAGUGACAAGGAGUAGCCGGUGCCACCACAUAAAGGCGCCAACCUCUCCUAACAUUCACUUCAAUAAAAAAAAAAAAAAACGCUGUGAAAGCCACCAACACAUUUUCACGACUGCUCGCGAAGACUCGAUCAGAUUAGUGUUAGCGCACGCUGUGUCCCGUGUUGCAUUUGUCGUGUAUCUGCUGCGCCAAUUAAAAUAUUUAGCGUAAUACUUCACCAACUAGCCCGUACUUCUCUAUCCUUCCACAGAAUAUACAGAGUGUCCCAACUGUUAUGCACCAAGAUUUGAAGAUAUGUAAAUUCCACGUAGCUGCACAGAGCCAAGGUAAUGUUGUUUGCCGUCGCUUGGAGGUACUCAGAUUAUUUUUUGCAUACCGCCUAGUUACAUAAUUAGCAUUAAUCAAUUAAUCAACUUCCCAAAUCUUAUAAUUAUAUGAGAAGUGUCAAUGAGAAAAUUGUAGAGCGACAUCAAAAUCCCGAUACAGCGUUCCGUUGCUCAAUACGUGCUACUUAAAAGUGUUUUACCGAGCAUGAAAGCAGCCCGCGAAUACACGCAAAGUACCCCGAGCGGCCAGUCACGCGGCAAUUUUGCGUGCAUUCAUGGGCGUCGUUGGUAAUUGAGUGAUUAGCCAUCGCUAUAAUCGGCGCAUGUCAUAACCAACAAAGGCAUUUCUUUCGCGCUGUCACCGAUGCGGAAUAAAACGCUCUGUCGUUGAAGCGCCGUCCACAUUUACUAGGCCACGUUCGUACGCUCGCGGACACCCCCUCACGUCACAGAGGGGCCGGCUAAUAUGCAGUAACGAGAUCAGCGAACAAAUGGGACGCGCGUCGCGAGGACAGUUGCGUCGCACAGCGCAGCGGAGAAAAACAAACGGCACUCCCGGGAACGGAAGGGACGCACUGUCUCGCUCUCUGGACGCGGCAGCGGAAAGGCGUGGAGAAGAGAGCGUUGAUGUGCUCCCAAGUGCACCGGGGAGCGGAGGAGGCGGCGUUCGGAGGAUGGAGAGCUCACGUGACAGUCCUGGACCACGUGAUGCGCCCGGAGGCUGCUGGGAAGACCAAGCGAGAGAAGAAAAAAAAGACAAAGAAAGACAAAAAACAAAACCACAGGCUUCAGCUAUUGGCCGCGUGGCGGCAGGAGAAGCCUCCCCUCCAGUGAAGCGGGCUCGAAAGGGAGAGCCCCGUCACACACAGGCAAGCUGGCUCGCUCGCGUCGCCGCUGCUCACUCCUGUUCCUUCGCAGUCUGAGUAGCGCGAGCUUUCUUGGCGGACCCCUUCGAGCUUCAGGGCUUACGCCCUGUUCUUAAACUGCCGUCGUCCGCCGCUGCAAGCACUUAUCUCAGCGCACUGUUCGGAAUUGUUCGCGUGACGACCAGGAACGGUGCGGCGAUGUGACAGCGAUGUCGCCGGGUGCAGACGGUCGGUGAAAGCGUGCGGGAGAGAACAUCGCCGACGCUCGGAAUUUCGUCUGCAGCGGCAGGAGCAGAAGACAGCGCACGGUGAUCGCUGACGCACGGUUCGGUAGGUGCGCUGCGUGCAACGCGCGUUUUGCGCGCUCAAGCUGCUACGGCUGCUCUUCGCUCUCGAUUCGAAAUCACAGACAGACGGGCGUUCGUUUUCAAAGGCGCAGCGUGGCGACGAGCGCGUGCUUGCGUCUGGAACACUCAUCGCUUAUGCACGCGUGCGACGGAUGACGCGAUCUCCUCGAGCUCUGUAGCAACCGGACAUUCCACACGCCUCGCGAGGGGAAGCGGCAUUUUGGUUUGCCACAGUGCCAUCUGCUUUUCUCGUUGCUAGAAGUUGCUUCCUUCCCACCAUCACUUUGAGCAGACUGUUUCCAUCGCCUGUUUAUCGACAACGUGCAACCUGCGACGAAGUAUGCCACUGAUAAGGAAACCUACGAAAUGGAAACGCGCUUUGCAGCGUGCGGCUUGGUGAGUGCGUGCUGUUUGUGAGGUGCGCGUGGUUGCGGUGUCGGUGGCACGCUGUGCGAGCUCCUCUUCCUGAAGUUCCUGCGGGCCAGUGCGUCGAGUGUUAGUGUCCUCCGAUCAUCAGUAUGCAUCGCAGACGACCCCCCGCAAUCCCUCCAAGACCGUCAUUUUCUGCAAGUUUCGGUAGUGGCGGUGGUGUCGGCUCAGGAAGCGGUCCUUCGAGGCGCGGAGGCUUCGUGAUCCCCGCGCUUGAUGUGACCGACUACGACGACGAGGAGGACGACGAAGAAGAGGCAGCGGCAGGAGGAGGAGAGGAGGACGAGGAAGAAGAAGACGACGACGACGAUGACGACUACGAGCGCGACAGGUGGCGUCGGCGGAGACGGGACGACGAGCUCGAGAUCGACGAAUACGAACGAGAGGAUGUGCAGAGAAAAACAUUUACGAAAUGGAUCAAUUCACAACUUGCCAAGGCCGAGCAGCCUCUUGUCAACGACCUCUUUCAAGACUUUCGGGAUGGAACACGGCUUCUGACGCUGCUUGAAAUCCUCUGUGGCCAGCAACUGAAACGAGAAAGAGGAAAUUUGAGAGUUCAUCAUAUCAACAAUGUUAGCAGAGCACUCCAAGUGCUAGAAGCUAACAAUGUAAAGCUUGUCAAUAUCAGCACAAAUGAUAUUGUCGACGGCAACCCAAAGCUCACCUUAGGCCUUAUUUGGAGCAUUAUCCUUCACUGGCAGGUACAUGGUGUCUUAAAAAGGGCUUCCAGUGACAUCCACCAGACUAACUUGGAGAAGACGCUUCUCGCCUGGUGCAGAGAUGUCACCAAAGGGUACAUUGGAGUGGACAUCAGAAAUUUUACGACAAGUUGGAUCGAUGGCCUUGCAUUCAAUGCUAUUAUACAUAAAUUCAGGCCUGACUUAUUUGAGUACAAGAGCCUGUUGAACAAAGACCCUAACUCCCGGCUUGAACAUGCAUUUCAAUUUGCAGAGAAACAGUUAGGCAUCGAGCGGCUUUUAGAUCCUGAAGAUGUGAACACACUUCAUCCCGACAAAAAGUCUGUCAUGAUGUAUGUCAUGUGCUUUUUUCAAGUGCUUCACCAGCAAAACAUGCCUUUGCGAAAGGGCAGCUCAUCAGAGUACUCAGAUAGUGAAACUUCAUUUCAUCAGGAGGUUGGAAAGGGUGCCAGUCCUCUGCUCAAAUCAAAAGGCGGAGCAGUGGGCGGGUCCAUUUCAUCACGUGGUGCUGUCACCAACGUGAACAGCUACCAGAGCAGCCUGGAAGAUGUGCUGACCUGGUUGUUGGAGGCCGAGGAUCGGCUGGUCAAUUUGCCCCCCAUAGGCAGUACUGUGGUGCAAGUGAAGGACCUCUUCCACACGCAUGAGGACUUUAUGCUGGAGCUGACACGAAACCAGGGCCGUGUUGGCGAAGUACUCCAGGAGGGGCAGCGGGUCAUUCGUGGAGCAGGCAUAUCAGCACAGGAGAAGGAGGAAAUCAAGGUACAAAUGGCAUUGCUCAACACGCGCUGGGAGAGCCUUAGGCACAGCGCCAUGGACAUGCAGACCAAGCUGCAAGAGGCCCUGAUGAAGCUCCAGCAGCAACAGCAAAAUGCCUUGCGGCAGUGGUUGACUGAGACAGAAGACAGGAUAAGCAGGUUUGGCCCAGUUGGACCUGACUUAGAAACAGCAAGACAGCAAAUGGAGCAGCACAAGCAACUGCAAGAUGACAUAGAGAAAGAACAGGAAGUUGUGAACUCCCUGUCGAACAUGGUUGUUGUUGUUGACGAGUCCAGCGCAGACAAUGCAUUUACAGCACUGGAGGACGAGCUGUCAGCUCUGGGUGAGCGCUGGUCGGCAGUGUGUAGCUGGGUGGAAAAUUACGGAGCCCAGCUGGAGGCUCUGAUUAAUGCACUGCAGAUGUUGAACACGGAGGAGCCACGGCUCCAGCAGUGGCUGCUCAUGCAAGAGGCUCAGCUGUGCCGCAUGGAGAAGACCGACGCUACAAGGGCUUCAGUCCAGGAAGUGCUGGACAUGGUCAAGUGCCUGCAGGUCUUGGAGAAAGAUUUGGACUUUCACAACAAACGGCUUGAUCACAUAUCAAAUGAAAUCCAGAAAGCCAUCAAGACCCUUAACAAGGGAUCACUAGCUGCGACAGAGCUGUCUCGCAAGCAGGAGCAACUAACGCAUCGUUGGGAUGCACUGCUCCAGAAGAUGGAAAACUUGAGUAGAAAGCUGGCCAAGUGCAGUACUGAGCAGAAAGUGAAAGCAGAAGCUGAGGAAAAGGCCUUUACAUACAGCCUCUUCAAGAAGGAAUCAUACGGCAAUUCUCCAAGGACUGCUUUGGGAAGAGAGCCCCUGUCUGACUUUGGAGCCAAGAAGCGGCGUCUGGACAGCUGGAAAGUGAAGGAAUGGCAGAGAGCCCUGGAAAACGUCACAGCCUGGCUCGAGAAAGUCGAGAAUCAACUGGGGAUCGAUCCCGAUCGACCGCUUUCACAAGAGCAACUGAAGGCACUCUUGGAGCGCAUGAGUGUUGAAGAACUGCAAGUGCUUACUGAGGAUGUGGAACGACAAGUUGCCAUGAACAAAGGAGAAGUAGCCCAGCUUGUUCAGCAAGGCAGAGAUGUUGUGGAAGGCCUUGAUGCAGUUGGGGAGCAGACCAAGGAGGUGCAGGGAGUAUUGCGGGAAGUGGAGGUGCGCUGGCACGAGGUGCAGAACAUGGUGCAGUCGCAGAGGGAGCAUCUGGAAGGGCUGCAUGCUUGCCGCGAGCUCCGGGCUGAAGGGGAUGCACUUGAACGCCUGUUGGCCUCGCAUCGGCGUUGGCUGGAAAACUCACAGACCAUGGCUCGACAGCGGCGGGAGUCGGAUGAUGUGCGAAGACUGUUGGAGCAGUGCAAGAUGAGGCUGAAGACCCUGGACAGCCAAGAAGACAAGGUGCAGAGGCUACAGGAGAAAGGGCAAGCUCUCCAGGCCAGGGUGCCCACGCUGAGCACUGAGCCAGUGUUUGGACAGCUUGAAGUUCUCGCCAACCAGUGGGCAGAGACAGUAACCAAGAUUGCUGACCUAGAAGCACAGCUGAGCCGUUCCCUUGAGCGAUCUCCACCUCCGAAGCUGCUAGAAGCUGUAGAUGCUUUGGAAGCCUGGAUUCGAAGUGUCCAGCAGGCCCUGGAAUCAGAGAAGUCCCGUGUGGACACAAUGGAGGUCAUGGAGGAUCAGCUAUCGAAGUACAAGGAAAUGCAAGGAACUGUUGACGAAGAAGAGUCCAACUUGCAAUACGUUACCAGCACUGGAAAGGAGCUGUUGAGGAAGGAGCCUGAUGCUUUGUGGGCUUGUGAUCUUCGAGACAAACUGCACAGUCUAGGCAACUGCUGGGACCGGGUUGGCUCUGUGCUCAAGGAGCGGCUCCAAUUCUUGCGAAAACACAUGUUGGUCCUUAAGCGAUUUCAGGAGGAAAUGAAAAGUGUUCAGAAGUGGAUCAAUGAUGUGACCUCAUUCCUUGAAGACGAAGAAGUUGCUUAUGGAGACCAGGAAAAGCUCGAAGCACAGUUGGAGCAGUCAAAUGCUCUUGAAGAUGACAUUGGUGCUAUACAAAGCAAUGUCGACAACAUUAACUUGGUUGCUGAGGGUCUGAUACAGGAUUCCGAACAUGAGUUUGGUGAUUCUCUGCAGAGGCAGGUUGAUGACCUCAACAGGCAGUGGGAUAAGGUGAUGGAAAUGACCCGGAAGAAGAAUGCUACCUUGAAGAGGGCUGUUGAGACAAACCAAUGUGCCUCUGAAGGUAUCGCUGACCUGUGUGAAUGGUUACGAGAGCUUGACAUGGAGAUACCACGGGAGAAGCCCAUCAAUACUGCUUCUGAACUGCAAGCUAGGAUCAGGAAGCUGCAGGCAUGUAAGGACAAGCUGGAUUCUAAGCUUUCCGAGUACAACAGGCUGAAAGAAGCCGGCACAAAGCUUGCACAAGGGAACAAGGCGAGGAACGCUGAGGAAGCACGACGUGAUGUGGCUGCUCUCAACAAACUUUGGGGAGAUGUACAGGAGAAGAUAACGAAGUACCACCAGGCUCUGAAGCAGUCGGGGACAAACUAUGCCGAAUUUCGAAAUAUCAUCAUGCUAGAGAAUGAUUGGCUUGACAGAUUGGAGAAGAAACUGAAGAGGUCACCUGAGUCAGCUGCUGAUGCUGAGGAGAUUUCUGAGAACCUUGACGAUUUGGAGAACUUUCUGCGCAACCACCCGGAUGACCGGAUCCCCAAGAUACAGCAGCUCUCUGAGGAGCUUGUGGAGAAAGAGGUGCUAGUCGGGCUAGUCCAGCAUGAAGCAGAGUCAGUCGUGAAGCGUUGGGAAGAGCUAACUCGGCAGGGCAGCGAACGGCAGCAAGUUCUCGAGAACAGCAUUGUGCAGUACCAGAAGUGCGAGCGGCAGAUCCUGAGCGUCCAGAGCUGGAUGAAUCACAUGGACAAUGCGCUGCAGAACAGGCUGGACAAUGACAUCAGCGCCCAAGACGUGCCUGACGAGUUGGCCCAAUUCAAGCAAGAAUUCCUUGAAAAAGAGGAGCAGCUGCAAAGCCUAAGUGAGCAGGUUGAUGCGUAUCAUGCACAAAAUAGGGUGGAAGCUGCGUUACGCCUAGAUGAACAACUGCAGCUCAUGAAGAUGAAAUUUGAGGACAUAUCAGCAAAACUGAAAAGGUUCCAGUGCCCCAAUGACCUUGACCCCAAGUUGGGAAGAAUCAGCAAGUUGCUAACAGAAGUGGAGCAAGGGAUGAAGCAACUUGACCUAAACUCUGAGAGCCCCGACAAGAUUCAGGACCAACUUGUGCAGUGCAUGCAUUUCUACAAGACCUUAAGUGAAGUCAAGAGUGAAGUGGAGCAAGUGAUUCGCCAGGGCCGGCAGCUGGCUGAGAGUGGUGAAGCGGACAGGCCGCGCAAUCUCAACCAGAAGCUGGAUGGCAUCAAGAGUCACUACAACCAGCUAGGCGCAAAGGUGACGGAGAGCAAGAGUGUUCUGGAGCAAGCUCUGCGCCUAGCUCGGUGUCUCCAGAAGGAGAUGAUCGCCCUUCACAACUGGAUGGCUGCAACAAUGGAAGAAAUUGAGAAGCCUCAUGAAGCUGAUGAUGAGCUCAAGUUUGCAGAGGGCAAGCUGCGUGAGCUGGAGCAGAAGAAGCCCUCGAUGAUUGCCAUUGUCGAGCUCAGUGAGGGAUUGACAGCGCUUGCGCCUGGGCACAAGCUUCCCUCACUGGCCAACACUGUGCGUACCCUCAAGCAGCAGUGGGCAGCUAUUGACGACAGCCUGCGCAAGAAGGUGCCCUUGGGUCCCAAAGAUGUGGAGAAGAUGUUCUCCCGCUUCUGCAACCACCUGACGGCCAUCAAGACGUGGCUGGAAGGGGCUGAGCUUUACUUUGUUGCCAAGACAGAGUACAAGGAAUCAGCUGCUGGGCAAAGAAAGCUCAAGAACUUGCAGAUGGAGAUGGCUGAACAAAACACGAGGGUACAAAUGCUCAAAGAGGAGGCACUUGAGCUGUUGCGUCAGGGACCCAGGUACAGCAAGUCUGUUGAGUCAGAGCUGAGUGCCCUCAGCGAGAGGUGGAAUGCUGUGGUCGAGAAGCUCAAGACCACACAUACCAUAGAACCAGUGUGCAUAGAGGUUCAGCGAAGCCUCCUGAAUGAGCUGAGAGCAUCACCUGUCAAUCUGUCGUCAACUUCAUCAGAGGCAGACUUGUCAGCGAUUGAGCAGCUUGAGGCUAAGCUGCGCCAGGUGAACAAGAGGGUUGAAGCUCUGGAGACACACUUCGACAAGGGUAUCGAACUUGUCACCAAUGAUGUCCUCGAGGAGAGUGAGCAGACAAUUAAGAAGCUCUCAUCAGAGAUUGAGCACCUUGGGCUGGCUGUCGACCAGGUGUCGACAGACGUGGAUAGGGCCGCGCCACGCUUGGGUCCCGUGCCUGCAGCCCUCGAGCGCCUCCGAUCAGAGACAGAGGCGUUGGAGUCCAAGUGGAACACAGUGCGGAAGGCAGCCGAGCAGCGUCGCUCCCACUACCAAGACCUGGUGGUACGCUGGAAACUACUGCAGCAGCAAACAGAUGCAACCGUGGUGCAAAUGGUCUUGCUGCUGAGAAAUCUUGAGCAUGCACGCACAGUCCAGAGUCGUCAAAAGGCAGCUCUAGAACAAGCUGCACGUGUUGGCCAGGAAGUGUCCUCCCUCCAGCAGCAGGCUCGAUCCAUGGAGCAGGAGCGAGGUGUGCCCUCAGCGGCCACCCAAGCCCUCCUGCAGCGGUUGCUUCAGCUCUGGAACCAGGCCCAGGGCCAGAUUGCAGUGCUCCACUCUCCUGAGCCGUCGUGUCGUGUCGCUGACGGCACGCAGACCGAACAGCCGCUGGCGGUCAUUGUAGACUCUGGUGCUGUUACCUGCAUCCCCGACUAUGUGGCAAAGGUGGCCAAAGUGCGGGAAGCCCUGCUCGCUGUUGGGAGGCAGGCACAUUCUCCAGAGCUCUGUGGCAAGGACUUUGAGGACUUUGAGAAACAGGAAGGCAUUCUCAAGUCUGUGAAAGAAGCCCUGGAUGCCCUCAAGCCUACUGUGGACUCUGUGAAGCAAGAACAGGCAGCCAUAAUGCAGAAAACAAACGAAAAAGAUGCCUUGGAAGUGUCUCGUGCAGUCGAAAAGAUGAGUGAAGACUGGACCAAGCUGAAGCAGGUCUAUGCAGACCGUCACAGUCGUUGGCUGAAGACACGCGAGUUUUGGCAGCAGUUUGAUUCCAGCAUUCGUGGCCUGAACCUGUGGAUGGAAGAAAUCGAGACAAUCCUUGUUCAGUGCCACCUUCCAAAUGGAGAUCUGGACAUUCAACUUUCACAAAAACACCAAGAGUCAAUGGAGAAGCAAGUCACUGAAAAGAUGCCACAUUUUGAGGAUGUGAAGACCAUGACGAAGCAGAUCAUGGAGCAGUGCUCAGCUGCCGAUGGUGUGCUUCUGCAGCAGAAACUGGACACACUUACCCGCCGAUGGAAGUCCAUUAUUUCUGAGCUUCAGUCAAGAAGGGAAAGGCUCGCAGUUGACAACUCCCGCUCAGAGCAAGUGAAGGAGGACUUGUUGGAGUUGAAGCCUUGGUUGAUGGAAGUUGACCGCCUGCUGUCAUACACCCCCAAUGAUGAAGAUGACAUUGAAACCACAGAGGAGAGGCUUGAGCAGCUAAAAAAAUGCGAAGAGGAAAUCGGGGCCAAAAGAUCAAACCUGCUGUCUGUCAUCCUUGGUGGCUCCCUAGUUCGUCCUGCUGAAGUUGAGAGCCUUGAAGCACGGUUUCAGAAGGCCAGCACAGCUCUCCCUCAAUCACGCAAAACUCUGGAGUUGUACAUCCCUCAGCUUACUGAAUUCGAAGAGGAGAUUGCAGCUGAGCAGCAGAGGCUGAGUGAAACUCGACGAGAUGUUGAGAAGCUACUGGCUGCUAAGCUUCUUGGAGAUCCACCCCCGGAGGUCAAGAUUGCUGAAGAUACCCUUUUGAGGCAUGGCAACACGAUUCAGGAGAUCUGCUCAAAGUCAAAGGAAGUGGAAAAGCUGCUUCCUCUGUUGCCCUCGACCAAGAACAAGCUCAGUCAUCUCAAGGAGUCAUGGGAUGCUAUUCAACAAAUAGUGUCAAGGAUAGGGCCACCACUUUCAUUAGUCAUCGAUUUUGAAAACAUCAGCUACCCUACGUCACCCACCAUAAUGCCACUGACGGGCUACACCAAACAGUGGAAUGACCUUGCAGGUGAGCUUGAAAAGUGGCUCAAGGCUCGGGAAAACGAACUGGAGGCCCUCAAGGUUGACUAUGGUGAUGAAGAGUCCGUCAACUCGGCCAUUGAGUACCUAAAGAAAGCGUUUCUGGACGGACACGAAAUCUCGUCCGAGGACGAGCACAGAAGACUUCGAAAUUGCGUUCGCUACGCCCUGUUGAAAUAUCUGCUGGAACAUGAGCAGCAAGGAGCCUCGCUGAAGAAGCUUCAGACUGCCGUGGACUACCAGACGGCCAAGUCGGAAGACAUGGCUGACAAGGACCUCCGUUCUAGGGUGUCCAACCUUCGCGAGGAGUGGGACCGCAGUGAAUCGGUGGCGCUGCAGCGUCGCCGCCAGCUCGAGGGCAUCGCCUCGGACGCCGGCCGCAGCCUGGACGACCGACGCCGGGAGCUCGAGGCAUGGCUGAGCCGCAUGGAGGCGCGCCUCGACCGACAGGCCGCCGCGGGACCACCGCACUCGCUGGAAGCGCUCGAAGCGCAGAUACGCGAGCAGAGGCUUCUGAACGCCGAGCUGAACAAGUGGAAAGCGGCGGUGGACUCGGUGACCCGGCUGGCGCACAAGGUUGCCUCCGAGCCCCGCGCCAACUCUGUGGGUGCUCCUCUUCAGGAAGACCCCGCUAGGCUCAUGGCGGCCGUCGAGAGCAUCAACCAGCGCUUCGCCGACCUCACCGUCAGCGUGCAGAACCGUGGUCAGGCCCUGCAGUCCGCGCUGGGCUCGAUGCACCAGCUGGAGAAGGCGCUCGACCGGUUCUUGGGCUGGCUGGCCGAGGCAGAAGCCACGCUGGAUGUGCUGGAGACCGAGGCCGACCGCUACGGACCGCGAGACGACGUGCACCACUCGUGCAGCUUCCAGGACAGGAUCAGGGAAUUGCAGCGUGAGAUAGACACUCAACGAGACCUGCACCUGACAAUCAAUGAGCGCAGCUCUCACGUGCUGCAGUCUAUGAACAGGCCCGAUGAAGGUCACCACCUUCGCAGAAAACUUGAUGAAAUGAACGGUCGAUGGAAUAAUUUGAGGAUGAGGACAGUAUCACUGCGAAACCGUCUUGAGAGCAAUGCUGAACACUGGAACCAGUUGCUGCUAUCACUACGUGAGCUGACAGAGUGGGUGAUCAAGAAAGAGACAGAGUUAUCGGCACAGCCAGCCAUUGGUGGUGAUGUAGCCACCAUCAUGAAGCAACAGGAAGAUCAUCGAGCUUUUCGAAGAGCUGUGGAUGAUAAACGACCAAUCAUCGAGAGCAGCUUGCUUGCUGGCCGCCAGUACAUAGCAAGAGAACCUCCUCUCUCGGACACAAGUGACUCUGAAGCCAAAGAAUAUGAUGACAGCAGAGGUUACAGAAGUGCUGAUGAGCAAGCUAGGGAGAUCACGCGCAGCAUUCGAAGGGAAGUAAAAAAACUGGCCGACAACUGGAAUGGCUUCCUAAGCCACACUGACCAAAGACAAAUGAGGCUGGACGAUGUUCUUCAUAAGAUGCAGUCUCUACAAAGAGCAAUGGAUGACCUUAGUGCUCGACUUCAAGUUGCUGAAAAUGCAAAAGCCCAAUGGACUCCCGUGUGUGAGUUCCUGCUUGACCAGCUGGCAGGCCAGAUUGACGAAUUAAGAGCGUUCCGCGACCGGCUGGCUCCACUGCAGUUGCAGGUGGAAUCGCUGAACGAGGCGGCUGGUGCUAUCACGAGCUGUGGAGUUCUGCUGUCACAAGGAAACCUGAAUCGGCUUGAUGAGUUGAGCAGCCGCUGGCGCCUCCUGCAGGUGGCCAUUGACGAGCGCCGUCGACAGCUAGAGAACUCCUUGCUUGAUCAGGGCUCGCAGCAGCAGCAGUUCCUCAAUGCCUCUGUGGAGCAGCCUUGGGAAAGAGCUGUAGCUGGAAACAAAGUGCCUUACUACAUCAACCAUGUUACCGAAACCACGCAUUGGGAUCAUCCUCGUAUGUUAGAACUAAUGGACUCGCUUGCUGAAUAUAAUGAUGUGCGAUACUCUGCAUACAGAACAUCGAUGAAGAUCAGGACCAUACAGAAAAACCUUUGCUUGGACCUAGCCUUUAUGAACAAUGCUAUCAAUGCAUUUGAUCAGCAUGGCCUGCGAGCUCAGAAUGACAAGCUGAUCAGUGUGCCUGAGAUGAUCACUUGCUUAGCAACCAUCUAUGAAGGUGUGGCCCAGGAGCAUUCCAAUUUGGUGAAGGUGCCACUGUGCAUUGAUCUGUGUCUCAACUGGCUGCUCAACCUCUAUGACACGGCUACAAGAACAGGGUACAUAAGGAUCCUGUCAUUCAAGGUUGGGAUUAUCCUGCUGUGCAGGGGUAAUCUCGAAGACAAAUUUAGAUACCUGUUCCGGCUCAUUGCGGAUGGUAACGGCUGUGCUGACGAACGACAACUGGGCCUCCUGCUUCAUGACUGUGUGCAAAUUCCGAGGCUCCUUGGCGAGAUUGCUGCUUUCGGUGGCUCCAACAUUGAGCCAAGUGUCCGAAGCUGUUUUGAGAUGGCAGCACCAGCUGGGCGGCGAGAGAUCCAAGCAUCGCAUUUCUUGAACUGGCUCCUGCAGGAACCACAGAGCUUGGUCUGGCUUCCUGUACUUCAUCGUUUGGCUGCUGCCGAGACAGCACGACACCAAGCCAAAUGCAAUGGCUGCAAACAGUACCCUAUAGUUGGGUUUAGGUAUCGGUGUCUCAAGUGCUUCAAUGUGGACCUCUGCCAAAGCUGCUUCUUUUCGGGAAGAAAAACGAAGAACCACAAAGUUACCCACCCGAUGCAGGAGUACUGCACCACAACAACAUCUGGAGAGGACGUGAGAGAUUUCACCAAAAUCAUGAAGAACAAGUUCAAGUCCAAGCGCUACUUCAAGAAGCACCCUCGAGUUGGCUACCUGCCAGUGCAGACUGUCCUGGAAGGGGACGACCUCGAGAGUCCGGCACCAUCGCCACAGCACACAUUGUCAUCACAGGACAUGCAUUCUCGCCUUGACCAGUACGCAAACAGGUAUACAGACACUGAACUUAGGACAAGGAGUAACUCUACUCCCGACUCAAGCGAAGAUGAACAUCAGUUGAUCGCACAGUAUUGUCAUACUUUGAGUGGAGAGCUCCCAACAUCAGUGUGCAACUCUUCGUUGUUUCUUCAACCACGGAGCCCUGCUCAAGUUAUAGCAACCAUCGAUGCUGACCAAAGGGAUGAGCUUGAGCUGAUGAUUGAGGAACUCGAAGAGGAGAACAGGCAUCUGCAGGCAGAGUACGAUCGGCUGCAGGAGAUGCAGAGUGUGGGGCUGAGUCCAACGCCCAGCCAGCUGGAAGAGGAAGCUGCCCUGAGCCCCAGCGGCAGUAGCACUCGCGACCAGGAGAUGCUGGCCGAGGCCAAGCUGCUCAGGCAGCACAAGGGGCGCCUCGAGGCCCGCAUGCACAUUCUCGAGGACCACAACCGGCAGCUGGAGGCUCAGCUUCAGCGUCUGCGGCAGCUCCUAGACGAGCCAGCACCUCGGGGUACGACGUCUUCCCUCUCACCACACAGCUCCCCGUACACAACGCCUGGUCAUUCAUUGCCCCGAAACAGGGCUCUCCAGCCUGAGCCCAUGUCUUCCAGGAAUGGGCGGCUUCAUGACCACACAGGUCUCUCGAUGGGUGUCCACCCAGGCAGCUUGCUCCACACAGCCUCAUCAGGCCUCUACGCUCAUAGCUUAGCCGACUACAAUGACAUCGGUAGCGAGGACGAUGACUUCAGUUGCUCAGAACUGGAGCGAAACUUGCACUUGUGAUGAAGCUGCUUUAUUAGUGUCUCAUUUCUCUCACAAAUUGUGUUCUGUGCCACCUACUACUUUGUAGAAAGUAUUAUUGUGAAUUUUUUUCUUUCAUAUUUUACUGUGCAUCUGUGUUGCAUUCAAAGUGCACUGUAAGGAGAGCCUGGGUUCACUCUUGCCUUCUUGCUGUCUGUCUGGUGGUGAGCUCUAUCUAGAAAUUCUCUCUAUGAAAGUACCGGAUUUUUUCGUCAUCACUAGUGAUUGUCCCAAAGGCUUAGUUGUGGUUCUGUGCACAACUGACCUGCAUUUUCUUUCUUGAAAAAGUUGGGUGAAAGAGAACAGGUUCAUUUGUACAUCACUGAAGUUUAACGUCACUUCGGUUGUCAUGAAGUAAAAAUGGUAGAACCCUGUACUUUUCCCAGGUAAACAUCUUGUUUUCAGUAGCCAGCAUAUAAUUUCCUAUCACAAGGAAUAAGUUCAACUCAAAGUCAUUGUGAUAAGUAUUGUGAUAGGUAGGUUCAGGAGUUGCUUAACUUUGGCUGUUAUUAGCCUAUGUUUUCUCUACAAGGUUGAUCUCAUAAACAUCUGAGUAAGUUAGUUUCAAUCAAGUCGUCGUCAAAAGCAUUUUUAAAUUAUUUUAUGCACUAUGUUCAUCACAGUUUGAGUUUGUAAUUGGACAGUGUGAACUAUAAAGCACUCUCCAGUAGGUUUUUGUGCUCUCAUUACUAUUCACCAGUUGAAACAAACACAUAAAUUUUCAAAAUGCCAUAGCUGAUGUAUAGCGUUGUCAUUGAUGAUCAGUAGUUGCUAUUAUUCAGAGGAAAAAGUCACUGACCGGCUAUUUCUCUUUUAUCUUGGAUGCAGCUAUGAAAGAGAUAAAUUCAUUUGUCAUUAAUUUGUCCUUGCAAGAGUCAUACUGUGAGACCUUAGUUUUUACUUUAUUCCGCUUUCUAUGAAUAUGGUAAAAGUAUCUUGUAGGCAUGCCAGUUCAAAGUUCCGUGCUAUGUAGUAAAUAAUCCACUUGCCAAAUGUUUAUCUUCAAGUUGAGUGCCUUACUAAGCAUUUUAGUUGAGCUCCACCCUUGUCCCAAAUGUGUGCUGUACGUGUUGCGGUAAAUUCACACAAUGCUUGCUUGAUUUUCCGGUGAGCUUUUAUUGCAACUAUGGGGGCAUUGAAAAGGGUAGUGAAUGCCGUCAGCAAUGUGCUGAACACAAGGACUGUUAGGGAAUUAUUGUUUAGGGUACCAGACCUGCAAGAUCAUUCUUUUGUGCUUCCUGCAAAGUGUAGUAAAAAAUAGGUUUAAAAAGCUUUCUGAGUUAUCUAAAAGUGUUUAUUAUUAGUGAUCGUCUUGUCAGAUUCUUGAGCUUGAUAUCUUUGGCACUGGUAAUUUAAGGUGAUGAAUGGCUUGUUAUUGUCACUAACUUUUCAGCACAUGUUUGCCAUCACUUACAUAUUCAGUGUCAGCAUGGCACAUGAAUCAAUUUCACUGUCCCCGCAGAGUACAUACUGUCCUAUCUCUCAAUGAUACAGAUGUGCUUUCUUCUGUGUUUUGAGGUUUCACAUAGCAUAUCUGCAGUCCUUUAUGUUGUCCAGACAGAAGUGCACAUUGUAAAUGUGUAUGUGUAAUCGUUGUGCCACUCUGUGUCACAGAGCAUUCCAGCAGAACGCAGGUGCAUUAAUGAUGGCACAAAAAGCUAAUGUGCCAUAGUUACCAGAGUUACCAUUACUUCAGUUUAGUUUCUCACCUUUAAGCUCUGCGUAUACAUUGUCAAUAGCUAAUCCAUGACUGGAAACUUGUCAGCCUGCAAAAGCGUUCACAGUUAGUGCUGCAAAUGUAAAUACAAUUCGCAAUUUCUUAAGAUUUUCUACCUAAUUUUUCUUACAGACGCCUGUCCCACUUUGUCUUAAACCCAAAGCCUCUCAUAGUGUGCAGAGCAGCCUAAUAGCAUUAGAAUUACCAGCCAAGUUCUGCGCCUUUCCCUACAUAUUCCCCGACAUAUUCCAAUAUUGCCAAUAAAUGUCAGAAAAAAAGAAUGAACAGUACUUUGAGACCUCACGUAUUGCAAUAAUUCAGCCUAAGUAUAGAAUUUCUUUGAAAUCGGGUUUUCACAGUAUCGCUGUGAAAUGUGACAUUUUUGUACCUUUGUACAUCUUUUGCAUGUGCCAUAUGAUAUUGUGUACCAGUGGUGAAUGAAUGUCUAAACUUAGAACAUUGGCAGCUCAAACUGUUCAAAUAGGGAAGCAAUGUUGAAUGUCUGUAGGAUCGAGUGUGCUUGGGAGUCGCAAGCAGUGUUGCAUUGUAAAACUCUCAUAGCUGCCAACGCAUUACACCAGAAAAGGUGUCUCUGUGUGCGGGGGGAAAACUUCAUUGCAUGCCAACAUUCUGUGGGCAGGUUGCUGGCUUGUCCUUUCCCCCAACCUUGUGUUUGCUUUCUUUUUUCUACAAAAUGGUAGCACUUUUGAAACUAGAACUCUGCCCAACAAAGACAAAUGAUCUGAGUUAGAUCUGAGUAGUUUAACUCGUAUUGCCACUGUAAAUGCACAGGUAAACAUACUGUUAAGCUUGCUAAAAUAAUUAAGGACUUGUUGGCUCUUCAUUUGCAUUCACUGUUGCCUUUCUUUCUUUUCUUUUUUUUCCCCUCCAUUGUGUUUUCUUAGCUUUGUGCUGCUAACUUUGUGCUUCACUUCUGCAGUACAGGCAUGUAUGCAAAAACAGCACUUUUCAGUGCUUUCUGCGAGCCUCUGCGAUUUUCAAGCAUUGAAACUUUUUUAUUAAGGAAAAAAAAAACAUAUCUUCUUUUAUGUUAAACACCUUAUGUUUAUAUGGUCUAAUACACUCUUCUGUUUUCAUUUACAGAAUGGUAAAAGCUCUGGGUUGCACUUUUUGUUUAUUUUGUUUUAAUAUUUGUGCUGCAUGUGUAUGCUUUAUUUUGUUCUUUACAUGUUUCAAGCUACCAAAUCUUAUGUUCAUUUUGCAUGUUUUCUUUCUUUUUUUUCUGAUUUAAGGUCAGCCAGAUGAGAACGGAAUUCAGUUGAGCCCCAUUGAAAAAUGACCGCCACGGCAGUCCUCCUAGCAUUGCUGUUGUUCGAGCUGUCCUUGUGUACAGGAUCAUGAGCUGUCACCAUCGCCUUCAUAUAUACCUGCCAUACCACCUUUAGUUUUUGUCUUUAACGCCUGGGAUGUGUUCCUUCCUGGCUCAAUUCCAUUCAUUUUCAUCCGUCGAUGCCUGCAGAAAAAAAAAAAAAGAUGUGCAUUUAAUGCAGUUGCUUUUCUGGUGAUGAGUUUUAUGCUGGUGUUGAUUGCAUUGAAACAGGUGCAGAAGGGGUAGAGCAUGUCGGCACAAGCAAAAACAGAGUUGGCAAAAGAGACAAGAAGCAGUGUGCAAUUGUUAACCUUGGAACAAUUGGCCUGCCGUUGAUACUGCUGUUUAUUGUUUAAGCAGACAAGCUUUUUUUGUACAAGAGAUCUACUCUUGAUGGCUAUUGAGUGAGAAGUUAAGCAGCAGUGUAGAGGCAUUUUGUGAAAGGGUUGUGAAACCACCAAGUCUUGGCCUUGUGAAUGUUGAGAAGAGCAGCUGUCUUCAUUUUAGUGGGGAAUUUUUAUAUAAUCUUAUACCCUCCAGAACUGCUGCAGGGAAUGUUUAGGUGGGCCUAAUGCAUGUUUUAUAUUUAUUUUUGCAUGGCUUCAAGUGGCCUGCAGUGAAAUAACAGAUUUAGUCUGAAAGUUGCAAUAAAGGGUUUUUGUUACGUCAGUAAGUUUUGCUAGAACCUAGUUUAUAUUACUGGUGCACACGAGAACUCGUUAUCUAAUAUAUUCCUGUUUUGCAACAGUAUUGAGGCUUGUCCGAAUGUUUCCUGCAUAUUCAAUGUUCUUGUUUUGUUUUCUCGUCUGGGUCAAAUUAAAUGGAAAUCAACUCUCUGGCUCAGUGGUUUUACUGGUGUAGGAAGUUCUUAGAGCAAGUUUUUCAGUGCAGCUACUGAGGAGAAGCAAUAACGAAUUUAAGAAGGAUUGCCGGUAAACGGUUUUAAUCCUGUAUUGUGUGGAGCUUUGGUGUAUGAUACCACCAAGUGUUAUUUUAAAAUAACUUAACACUACCAUUGGUACUAACACGGUUCUCCUGUUUUUCUUCUUUAUUUCUUUAUCUAUUCACUUCCAUAACAAAGCUAUAUCUCUUAUUUCUGGCUUGAUAUGGAACCUGUUUAUGUAUGUGAGAGAUGGCAGCUUCUUAUUUCUAUAAUAACCAGUGCAGCUUGACACUUUGGCCAGUGUUAUGCUGCAAAGAAGUCAUAUCAUUUUGGUAGCUGAGCACAAGGGUAAAGCUAAAUCUGUGCUUCCGGAUGGACAAAGUGACGAACACUUUACCAAUGGCAUGUGGCCGUGCCAUAUUACAUUUGGUAUUUUAUUUGGUGCUGCAGCUAUACAUAUCACAGCGUCCUAUGCCUUUUGUUAAUUUUGGUGUGAAACAUGGACCAUCACUGAACAGAUGAGAGCAUGCAGACACUGUCCCUAACAUGCAUUCAUUGACACGUAUGGUAAGCCACAUAGCUUCUCUCCAGGUUUGUAAUAUCUUACAUGCUUCAAUUAACCCUGACCUAAAUGGUACGGGUUGUUGCAGUCUUGUACAGUGAUUGUGAUGCACCUAGUGUGCAUUGAAUGGGUCUUUGUAAGCCACUUUGCAUGACAGUUGAUUCCAUGAAUAAGUGUUUUCAUAGAUGUCACAUCCCCGGUUGACAAAACUGACCGAGGUGUAGGAACUUCAACUUGACAUGUAUGCUCUGAAAGUUCUGUAAAAGGUGUGUACUCCUGUUAACUUUCUCUUCAGGCUGCACCAAGACUGAAAAUGUUGCUCUGUCAAGUCGGCAAGUGAAUGAUGUGCGUAGCCAUGAAACGUUGCACGUGUGGUGUCUGCAUGGAUCGUUGGACUGACAGAAAUGUGAUGAGUGGUCAUAUUAGCAUUACUGUGCAUAUCAGACUUCCAUUUCUCGUGAGCCAUUGUCAUUUUUUAGCUGCAUUGUUGAAACAAUUUGUAUACUGUCUUUUUGUUUCAUUCAAACUUCCAUUGUACAACUCGACAGAUGUGUUCAUCAUGUACGAGUACUUUAUAUGAUGAUGAAGAAAAGAAAUAAAUGAUGCAGUUAGGUGACCUGA